AUGAUGGUCCAAACCAUGUCCGAACCCAGUACUACCAUCUACAUCAACACAUACACUCCCCACACCACCCAAGCCGAGUGGCUCAUGCUUGCAACCAGUUACACCACUCUUGAUGCUUCGGAUUCUUGUGAUGCAGCUGGCUGUGGUGGAUCCUUCACCAAAUAUGCUAAGACAUAA